AUGGCUCCUAUACUCAACGAAGAGGAGUCCGCUCUGGAUCCUUAUGCGGUACUUGAUCUGGCUACUGAAGCGACGGAGAAAGAUGUACGAAGAGCGUAUAAGAAAUUAUCACUCAAGUAUCAUCCUGACAAAAACUCUACCCCAGAAGCAGCCAUAAUGUUUCGACAGAUCUCCGUCUCACUCGAAAUACUUGUGGACAAUGCCAAACGGGCUUUUUUGGAUCAAAGAUUGAUAGCGGAGAAGGCUAAGAAAGCAAAAUAUGCAGAGAUGGAUAAGAAGAGAAAGGCUAUGGUUGAUGCUUUGAACGAUAGAGAAGAAGAAGCUAAACGUGCUAAAGUUGCUCAAGCUGAACGGAGACGUGCACAAGCGGCAGAGGAAGAAAUAAAAGAAGCUGGUAAAAGGAUGUUGGAAGAAGCUCAACGACGAGCAUUUGAACUUCAAAGAGUUCGACAUCCUCCUCCUUCCACUAAAUCUCCAGAUCCGUUUCCUUCAUCUUCCACCUCUUCUUCCCACCAGUCCCAUUCCAAACGACCACUUUCAACCAACGAUCCACAAUCGAGUAAACCCCCAAUCACAGCACUCGAUCUAACUUUGACUCUCCAAUUACCCCCUUCGUACACACACGACCUUCAACAAGACCUCACAACAAGAUACGGACCCAUAGCUGCUGUUCACGUCAGACAAGGAGAGACGAAACCAGGGAAGAAACCAAAGGGUCCAAAAGCCAUUGUGGAAUUUGCUGCUGGUAAUCUUGGUGGUUGUUGGGCUUGUUGGAAGGAUCAUUCGGAUGAUUCCGCCAACUCUGUAUUUUCCAAUAUACUCGUAGGAGAUCUACCAAGGAAUCUGAAUGGAAUGGAAGAUGAAGAUAUCAGAAGAGGUGGUAUGACAGAAGAGAAAGGUUUGGAAGGAGUACGUGCUAAAUGGGCAUUAGGAAGGAUACCCGAUUGGGUAGAAUGGGCACAAACAACUUCAACACUAAAACGUAACCCACAAGAAAACCAGCAAUUAGAUAGCGAUGGAGUUGACGAAAAUACACACGAUGCGGUCCGAACUGAUAGCGAUAAAGAACGGAGGGCGGAGAUGGUAGAAGGAGAGAGGAAGAAUGGACGCUCCGGUGGUGCAAAUGAAACAUACACAGUUCCGUCUUUUGACACCGCCCCCGAUUUGAGCGGAACGACAAUGGAAGCUCUGUUGGCUAAACAUAAAGUUGAUAAAGCGGCAAAAGCGAAAAUGGCAGAGACGGAAAGUAUGGCUUUGUUCCGUAUGAGACAAAUGGAGAGACAGAAGUUGGAAGAACAAAUUCGGCUGGAAGAGGGUGAAGUUUGA